CCUUGCGUGCACAGCAACAGGUAAACAAGUCGGUAUUGCCCAAGGCAAUCUAAAGGCCGGGUGACCUGGCAGAUGCCACUACUGGGUAUUAACAACAGCGGGCAGGCAGGGGCUGGUUUCCGAGAACACGUUCUUCGGCUGGAAUUGCCGCGUGAAGAAAGAACGACAUUAUUUGAUAGCGUUGCCGGAGUAAUGGAGCCGAGUCUCGUUCAGUGCCACAGGUAUGCAACCAACCGCUAGGAGAAAGCCUUGCCUGCCACUUGAAGGAUUGUAGUCACGAUGGACCGAUGCUGCUGCAUGUGAACUUGAAACAAAAGAAGCUGUCAUUUUCUUUGAACAUGUCUCCCUGAUCGCUGGUUUAAUAUACCGGAUGUUCAACUUUUCGUGGAGAGUCUGUUUUGUUGAAAAACGGCUUAAGUUACCAAGCAACGGCAAACAGUAGGUCCGAGUUUAUUAUGUCGUGGUCGAGUUAAUGCGGUAAUGGGAUGACGCUGAACAUGUUUAUUACUCUGCGAAGGUUUGAAGGACCAGCGAAAUAGCAAAUCAUAUCGUAUUGUGCUGCUGUCAAGUGUAUCCAUUUUACCCAUAACGUGGAGUCGGUAAGGGAGAUCGCUUUAUUAUUGCCGUGAGAAGACGGCGAUGACACAGUGUGUUUCUGUGCGAGCCUGACGUAGGAACCGCGUGUUUUGAUCAAUACCGGUGUUUGUUCAAUGGUGGUAUUUGAAGAUUAAUUGUCACUAUGAUGUGACUGUGAACCUGACAUCGGACGUUGUGGUGUACACCACGUGGAUACACAUUGCUGAUACAGUUUUCCGUCCAGCGGACAACCUGCCUUGAAAAUGAUGGGAUGUUUUAAUUCAAAGAAACUCAAAUCUAUGACAAUACGUUCAGAUAGCAAACGGUCAAGGGGGAGCGGUAAGAAAUACCUCCCCCAGGAUACUGGGGAGGGGCAGGCUGUCCCAUCCCCUCGUGGUUUACCUGAAGAGCGACCCGAGUUCACAGAGAGACAGAAAGAGAUUGUGCUUGACACUUGGCAGAUCAUUCAAAAAGACAUUGCCAGGGUCGGUGUGGUCAUGUUUAUGAGGCUUUUCGAGACACACCCUGACGUCCAAGAGGUGUUCAUGCCUUUCAAGGGGAAAUCAAAAGAAGACCUCAGCCACAGCGCCCAGCUGAAGGCCCAUGCUCUCCGUGUGAUGGGGACCGUCGAGAAGUGCCUAGCCAGGAUCAAUGAGCCUAAAAAGAUGGAAGAACUCCUGCAUGACCUUGGCGCCAAACACGUCCUGUAUAAUGCUAGGGUUGAUUAUAUAGAUCUGAUUGGCCCUCAGUUCCUGUGGGCGAUACAACCUGCCAUGAAGGGGAGUUGGACACCGGAGAUUGAGCAAGCAUGGUCCGACCUUUUCAAGCUCAUUUCCCACAUUAUCAAGGAGGCUAUGUUGCUGUGAAGGUUCACAUGUACGAACGGUGUAAGACACGGAUACAGGAUAUUCGUCCUUUGACUACACACAAAAACCCACAUCACGACAGAGGUGUGCAGUGGAAUUAUGACAACUCGUUGCGCUAAUGACAGGAGAGCCCUUUGAAAAAUCUGGAUAAGAAGAUAUGCUGUUGAAUAUCGAUCGAGUCAUAUGGUACCUCGGAGAUAAAUGAUUCUUGCAAACUACCGGGCAGAGGAAAGUAUACACACAUGUUAUUUUACGUCUAAAAUGAAAACAUAAAGAAAUGUUAUUCUACGGGUCUGUAUUUGAUUUCAUAGAUGUGUUUGAGACCUUAAGUGUCAAGUAUUUUUGACGACUGUUUCAGCCUAUAAAAAUGUGAUAAUGUUUGUAGUCUUUUAGGCAAAUCAAGCUAACACUUGUAUGCUUUCUUUUGCCCGAUAAUGUAUUUAACGUUAUUUACAAAAUUCGGAUACAGAUGACACUCUUUUGAUGUCGAUUAGCUGAGACAAACGACAAGAUCUAUGUGAUAGUGAGAAUAGCCGACCUAUGUUGGUAAUGAACUUUGCAAACGGCGUGAAAUGUUUUGGGUCUAUUUUGCCUCUAUAUAUGAAUCUUGCCAGUGAAAUAGUGUGAUUCAUCAGGUACGUAUAAGGACAUUGUAAAAAACAAACAUCUACCCUCGCCAGUAGAGUCACUAUGCUUCAUUUAAGCCAUGUGAUAUAAAACAUUAUUGUAAUGCAUUGGAAUAGAUAAACCUUUGUAAGAGUGUAUAAUUAUGUAAUGUAUCUAUAUAUCUAUGUGCCAUGAAUACAUGCGAAGUCAAGACACUGAUACCGUAAAACCUCGUUAUCACGAGAUCCUUGGGAUGGACUUUAUUUUGAGUAGAGAACCCACGCUGAAGCAUUGCUGCGAAGCGCGUCGGCAGUGAAACAAUUGUGGUGUUAUUUUAAAAGCACACUCUGACGUGGCAAAAAAAUACAACUUUUCUUGUAUGGGUGAAAAAACUCUUGGUAACACAACAUUGAAUCUUCACGAGUUGAAGCUAAUAUUUCGCACUCCCUCAGUCAUGUGUUUGAAGCUGCAAGUGGCAAGAUAACUGUAAAUUGUAAAGUUAUAUACAUGCUGUUACGCUGUAUGACUUUAGAAUUACAUCAAACAUCAUAUGCCUUAAUGCAGAAGAACACAAUUCCUGCAAAAAUUCAGUUUACACUUCUUGGUUUCCAUUUUACAUCCUUUGUUCCUUUGUAACUGCAACAAAUAGAUUGAGUGUAAAUGUCAUUUGUCUUCUCUGAUAGAGAUACGUGCAUUGACGAAUAUUUUGCCUUACCAAUUUCAGCUGUUCUUCUGUGAAUAACAUUCCCUAAAUAUGAAAUAUAAAC